AUGUGGUCCUGGUUUGGCGGCGCAGCCGCACAGAAGCGCAAGGAAGCGCCCAAGAAUGCCAUCCUCCUGCUCCGCGAGCAGCUGGACAUGCUGCAGAAGCGAGAAAAGUACCUGGAUCACCAGAUGGAGGAGCAGGAUAGCGUGGCGCGCAAGAAUGUCAACUCAAAUAAAAACGCUGCCAAGGCCGCCCUCCGACGGAAAAAGGUCCACGAAAAGAACCUCGAGCAGACAACCGCGCAGAUCAUGCAGCUUGAGCAGCAGAUAUACUCGAUCGAGGCGGCGAAUAUCAACCACGAGACCUUCAAGGCCAUGCAGGAGGCCGGCAAGGCAAUGUCGCAGAUCCACAACGGAAUGACCAUCGACAAGGUCGACAAGACGAUGGAGGACCUCCAGGAACAGCACCAACUCGGCCAAGACAUCGGCGAGGUCAUCGCCCACGGCCACGUUGGCUACGAGCUGCCCGACGAGGACGAGCUGGAGGCUGAGUUGGAGAGCAUGGAGCAGGAGGCCAUGGAUGAGCGGAUGCUGCAUACGGGGUCUGUGCCUGUGGCGGUUUCUCAAUUGCCAUCCCCUGCGACGCAGGAGCCCAAGCAACAAACCAAGCCGGAGGAAGACGACGAGGAGGCCGAGCUGGCCAAAUUGCGUGCUGAGAUGGAAAUUACGAUGUGA